GUUGUGUUUUUUUUUCCCUGUGCGUGUGUUGUAUGUUUAAUACGUUCCGACACAAGGGGGACGUUGAAUCAGUGGAGAUCUAGCAGACAGCAAAGGAUCGAAUGACAGCCUGACGUUAGACAGCAGUUACACUAUUUAAAAUGCUUCAAGUCAGCAUUGCUCAGAGUUGGGGAAGUUAACACAGGUCUCCCGUUAUUGUAUACUAAACAUGGGUUGCUGCAUGCAGGAUAACUACGCACCCCUGUUUAAUGAUGCGUUUGAGGUGAUCCAUCAUCAGCAACAUCUUCAGCCCUCAACCCAGUUCAGACAGGACCCUGGACUCCAGUAUCUGCCAAGUCCUUCACUCUCGAUGUACAGCUUCCAGCACUAUACGGAGACUGGCCCCAGUCCUUACUGUGCCCUCAAUGGACAGUCCCAACAUUUACAGGAUGCUGUGGAUUUGAACCUCGACAGCAACAAGCUAGCACAUGAGAAUGGCUCACAGUUUCCCGGCUAUUUUCCGGACAAUCACUUCCAAGAUUUGUUUAUCCCAAGGCAAGGAAAAGGCAGAAGGAGGCUGCGUCUUUAUGAAUUCCUGGGUGAGUCUCUCCAUGAUUCCGAGAUGUCCGAUUGCAUCCAGUGGGUGGACAGGAAGAGCGGUGUGUUCCAGUUCAUCUCCAAGAACAAGGAGAAAGUGGCGGAGAUGUGGGGCAGGAGAAAGGGCAACCGGAAAACCAUGACCUAUCAGAAAAUGGCUCGGGCUCUGAGAAACUACAGCCGAACAGGCGAGAUUGUAAAAGUGCGCCGAAAGUUAACAUACCAGUUUGAUGCCCAGGUGCUACAGAGACUGGGAAACUGCUCAAAUUCUCAUUAUCCCCACACUGACCAUGAACACUUUGCCCGUGAUCACUGGCACUUCAGUUACAAUUACAAUGACCUUUUCCACGAGAACUCUGUUUGAAGAAUCCUGGUUUCCACCAAUCCGUUUGCUCUUAAUGACAAACUAUUGCAGAUACUUUUUUGUUUCAGAAGCAUUCUAAAUCCUGUAAAUACCAUUUAGCCUUUAAGCCAGGGUGUGAGUGUGUGGGAUGUUUUAGCCCAGCCCAGAGUCAUGUACUAAACAAAUGAAUAAAUGUUGUCUUUUGUCUAUAUAUUUUGCAUAAUUCACUUUAACCACAGUGACACAGCAAGGCACCUGCACAGAUAGGGGCAGUGCCAGAGAAACACUCUGCUGGAGAAAGACAGCUCACCUGUGAUAGAGUUAGGUUUAGGCUUAGAUGUAACACAGUAAUAGGGUUAGAGUUAGGUUAGGGUUAGAGUUAGGAGCAGAGUUAAGGUUCGGAGAAGUGUUAGGGUUAGGAUGAAAGCAGGGUUAAUGUUAGGAUUAGGAACAGGAUGCAAUGGGGAAGGGGCAGGGAAUCAGAGAGUGAACUCUAUCGAGAGGUGAAUGCAGGCAUCUGCACCUACUGGAAAUCUGAAAUAAAGACAAAACAUUGUGGAAAAGCUCCAGCAGUUACUGUGGAGACAGAAACAGGGUGAGAGAAAAUGUUCUAACAUUUCAGGUUCAUCAGAAUCAAAGAGAUAAAGGGCAUAAAAAUGGAAAUGAGAAAAUUGAUAAUGAGUGAUGGAGCGGUGCAGAGAAAACAGGAUGGGAAAAAUGAGGCAAUAGGAUUAAAAGGAAUUGUUCAGCAAUGUGGACUGAUGUUGGUCUGCAAAGCAGACAGGGUAUCACAUGAUAUCCAAUGCCGUAGAGCAGGACAAGGCCAUUUGGUCCAUCAUACUGAUGCCCGUUUGAACACUCUAUGAAUGAAGACACAAUCCCACACUCUCUCCCUGUCGUCCUGUAAACAUCUCUCCUUCAAUUUUCCAGUUCUGUU